CCGGAGGAGAAAAAGUCGGUCGCCGCUGUCUCCAUUCCAUCUUUGCCGUGUACGCAAUCGUCCGACGUCAGCAGCCAGCGGUUAGGAAGUACGCAGUGUGCUCAAUCCUGGUGGUUUCUGCUGACGUAUUCACGUUUCACGACGGAUCACGACGUAGCAGCCGCAGCAGCCGGGGGCAGAGGGCACGGGGUGAUUGUUGUGGAGUGCGUUGCGGAAAGGAGCAGACGAGGCAGCCGAAAAAUAACAUGAAUCAUUGAGUUUGCCAUCGUCGAUAGCGAGUGCCAGCAGUUUGCGAUACCGUAUCUAGCGGCCAACAAAUCGAAUCCGCGUAUCAGCAGCAGCACAAGGGUAGAUUCUGUGUGCCUGGUCUUAUCGUAUCCUCGCUCGGUUGUAAGCUAACCAAACACGGCCAGAGGAAAGGCCAGUCGGUUUUUUUUCCUGUCCCUGCAUUGCCUUGUGUGUGCACGUUAGAGACAGUCGACGACGGGCACGACAUUUGGGUCCAUUUCCAACAGGGCCGACGGGUCUCCUCUCGCGACACCAGGGGAGCAGCCGGCGGCUACGGCCACUGGAAAAAUUUACACAUCACACGUAACAUCGAAGGGUAUCUAGGCCUCCCGUGUUCGCGCUGCGGCAGUCAACGACAAGAACAACAACAACACAGCUCCAAUACCAUCACGAACUGUGAUAUUUGACCGUGGUCAUAAAACCAUAAAGUCAACAGACGGCGGAACGACGCAGGGUGGAAGGGCCGGACGGGCGGUGCGACGCAACGCGGAGAGGAAUAUCUAAAUAAAUCUCGUGUUUGCACACCACAGCAUUGCAUUUUUCGGUCGCCUGCUCGGUUAAUGUGCUUUUUUUUGCUGCUGUAUUGGCUCGUGUCUCCAAAGCAGACGUCUGGUAGGCAGAGUGAGUGAGUGUGUGCGCAACAGACGAAGCGCUACGCGACAUAAGAAAAGAAAAGGAGUUUCGGAUCGAAAUCGGUGCGCUAUUCUACGGUCGCGAGAACGUUCUGUUCGGUGACAUUUCACAUUCAUAUACCUCCGUGACUCUACGCCGCGGCGCGUGUACCACAGUGCGUGAGUGUGUCGUCGUCGUUCGGUUUGUUUGUUUUUGUUUGCUGCCCUUCGAGUUCGUCCGCAAAGGUAGCGUGAGGAGACGGUGGUAGACGAUGGCAACGACCGGUAGCGGAACCGGCUCGAGUGGCGCACUCGGCUCUGCAACGGCGUCGGCAGCUUCACUGGCGUCGGCGGCAGCCUCGCUCACGGCGUCGUCCGCUUCGUCAGCGAAUCUGGCCGCGGCUAAGCCACAACCCGUGGUCACUCCGUGGUCGAACAGCCGGGACGAUUACGAGCUGAACGAUGUGAUCGGCGUCGGAGCGACGGCUGUAGUGCACAAUGCCUACUGCAUACCGCGCAAGGAAAAGUGCGCCAUCAAGCGCAUCAAUCUGGAGAAGUGGAACACCUCGAUGGACGAGUUGCUGAAGGAGAUCCAGGCGAUGAGCAGCUGCAACCACGAGAACGUGGUCACGUACCACACCAGCUUCGUGGUGAAGGAGGAGCUGUGGUUGAUCCUGCGGCUGCUCGAGGGAGGGAGUCUGCUCGACAUCAUCAAGCACCGGAUGCGGACGGUCAACUGCCGGCACGGUGUGUUCGACGAGUCAACCAUCGCGACCGUGCUGAAGGAGGUGUUGAGGGGGUUGGAGUACUUCCACAGCAACGGGCAGAUCCACCGGGACAUCAAGGCGGGCAACAUCCUGCUCGGCGACGAGGGCACGGUGCAGAUUGCCGACUUUGGUGUGAGCGCGUGGUUGGCCACCGGUGGCGAUCUGUCCCGGCAGAAGGUGCGCCACACGUUCGUUGGCACGCCGUGCUGGAUGGCGCCGGAGGUGAUGGAGCAGGACCAUGGGUACGAUUUCAAGGCGGACAUCUGGUCGUUCGGGAUCACCGCGAUCGAGAUGGCGACCGGGACGGCGCCGUACCACAAGUACCCGCCAAUGAAGGUGCUAAUGCUGACGCUCCAGAACGAUCCGCCAACGAUCGAUACGGGCGCGGACGAGAAAGACCAGUACAAGGCGUACGGUAAGACGUUCCGCAAGCUGAUCGGCGAGUGCCUACAGAAGGAACCCUCGAAGCGCCCGACGGCGAGCGAGCUGCUGAAGCAUCCGUUCUUUAAGAAGGCGAAAGAUCGGAAGUACCUCACGCAGACGCUGCUCGCGACUGGUCCGUCGAUGGAGACGCGCGUACACAAGGCGGCCAAGCGGCAAGCUGGUGCAUCCGGUCGGCUACACCGCUCGAUGACCGGCGAGUGGGUCUGGUCGUCGGAGGAGGAAGAUAACGUAACGAAGGGCAACGAAUCAGAUGACUCGGAAACGGAGGAACGUCCGAUGAACCGGCUCGAACGGAUGGACUCGUCGUCAUCGGAAACGGAAGAUACAUCCGAGCGCUCCGGUGUCACCGUGACCGGCUCGACGAUGUCGGAUCACAAGGCGGUCGAUGCCUCUAACGCGGCCACCGUCGGUAUUGGCACCAUGACGGUCGGUGACGCGAGCGUACCAGUCAAUCUGGUGCUCCGGAUGCGAAAUGCGAACCGCGAGCUGAACGACAUUCAGUUCGAGUUCGUCGUCGGCAAAGACUCGGCGGAGGACAUCGCGGCCGAGCUGGUCGGUGCCGGUCUGCUCGACGAGCUCGAUGUGGCGAUCAUGUCGGUGAACCUGCAGAAGCUGAUCGACAACCGGAGUACACUGCGGACGGUCACGUUUCAACUGCGGUCCGGGUGCGCACCGGGCGAGCAGCUCGACGAGAAGUCGCUAGUCGGUUAUGCACAGAUUUCCCUCAAAUGAUGUGUCGCCGGUGCUGAUCCGGUGAGCCCGCCCCAUCCGGUGUCGGGUGGCCACUUAAACUGAUCGCCGCCGCCGCACUCAACCGCGCACCUUCGCGUGUGCGUGUGUUUCGCUUCCUUUUUAACGUUGUGGUUGUUGUCUUUUUUUGCAGCAUAGAAGAUUUCCCUUAGAAAAAGAACGAAGAAAGUUAAACUUUAACCGAGUAAAGGAAACACUGGAAGCCAUUUACAUCAACAGACACACACACACACACACAAGCACAUACACACAUAAACACAUACGUACUUGGUAUAAUCUAAAAGAUUUUCUGAUGUUUUGUAGAUCAUCACGGCAGCAUAUUAGCAAACGCUCGAAAAGGGGGCGGAAAGAGCCUUACAAGUCGGACCGAAACGAACAAAAAAAACCGACCACCACAACAACAGCUACUACUACUACUACUGCAACUACUACUACAACUGCUACUAGCGCGGUAGUUCCGCAUUAGCCUAAGCAUAUACCACAGUAGCAGUAUCGAGAGAACGAUAGAUUGACGCAUAUAGCUCCCCAGGGAAGUGUGAAAAACGAAGAAAAACAAAAUUCCCCAACAACUUAGUUAGUAGGAAAUUUAAAAAAAAACCCUCGUAGCAUAAGAGAGAAAAGAUUUGUCGAAUUGAAAACAGCAAAAACGAGUCACCUAAAAGCACCGAACGAAAAUGCUAACAAAAAACACACACACACAUACAUACUAAUAUACACAAAAACAUAAACUGUUCAACUUCCUCUUUUAGCCGGAUGUUAAACGACCCGCUCACGGCGUCGCACACGUGGUCACCGCCGCCACGCUGCUGUUAGCUUUUGGGACCAGGCGGAAACGAACGAAAAGUAACGAAAACGGAAGUGCAAAGGAACAUUAGAAAGAAAACAAACAAAACACGCUAAUAGUGAGCAGCGAAACGACGAAAAACGAGAAGAACAACGGAGAAUGAAGAACGAAACAAAAUAGUACACACCUAUGUGACCGAGAGGAGGCAAUACGCCGCGUCGAUAAAGCGGUGACAUACACACAUAUCGUGCCUCCAGCAAGCUGUUGUCCAGCGUACUACUAAAUCUAGGGGAAAGCGGGGCAGAGGGACGCUGUGUACAUAGUUAAAAGGGUUUUGGAUGGUCUUAAUUUGUUGGUCGCAGUAGGAGAGAGGGUGAGGGAUUUUAUCCAUAACUAAAUGGUAGCGAAACGAAACAAAAAUCUUAAUUCCGAUGAGUGGAGUGAAAGCGCAGGGGAACGAACCGAAGUGGCCAGACGGGUGCGAGCGAAAACGAGCAUUGCCCGAAAGUUAGUUACAUUCUAAUUAGUGGUGAGAUGAUUUUGGAAAAAAACGAGUAAAACGAACGGAAAACAAACACAAUUCAAACAGCAGGCGGAAUGAAACCUAUCGACGUGUUUAGAAACGAAGUUGCGUAAAGAAAAUAGACCUAUGUUUUCACCCGGAUGGACCAUCACAAACCCUCUCGGAGAAGGGGGAGGCACCACCACCACGUCCACCAUCGGUAGAAAAGCACGUGUGUGUGUGUGUGUAGUAAUCCAAAUAUUAGAGAGUUGCCUAAAUAAUGAAUAACUUUCCUCUUUUUGUUUUACAAAAAAAUAGUGAAAUUGAGCUUUUAAAGUGUUGCAAAGUUAAAAAUCCGCCACCUGUCCCGACAUAGAUCGCCAAACGCCAGUAAACUGAAAAACUAACGAGAGUAAAGUAGGCGCCGCGGGAAAACUGAAAUGUUUCAAUUGUGUUUUUUCUUGUAUCGUUGGUUGCGUGAAACACGUGUUUAGUUUUGACUGACAAAUAGUUUUGAGUAGUAGUGUUUACUAUCGAUUGCAGUUAAUGAAAGCAAAAUGCAAAAACACAAAAAACCUAAAAAAAGAUUAAAUAUAUAAUUACUGCGCAAGCAUCAUAAUA